AUGGGUGUCGCCGGGCUUUGGGAGAUCCUCGAAGGUACCUCCCAAUCCAUCCCCAUCUCCCGCCUCUCCCUCGAAGCUUUCAACACCUCUCCUACAUCCAGCUCUACCUCUCCUCGCCCUUACGCCCUCAGGAUCGGUAUCGACGCCUCCCUCUGGACCUUUCACGCUAACCGCCAAUCCUCCCAAGCCGGCCUCAACCCUGCCCUCCGGACCUUGUUCUUCAAGACCUUGAAACUGUUGCAACACCCCAUCUUGCCGCUCUUCGUAUUCGAUGGGCCGUUUAAACCGGGGAUGAAGAGGAAUCAGAAGGUAGCGGGGAUGUUUGGGACGACGGAUCAGGCGAGUAAGAGGUUUAAGGGGUUGUUGGAUGAUAUGGGGAUCGAGUAUUGGACGGCCCCGGGUGAAGCCGAAGCUGAACUCGCUCAAUUAUCAAAGCUCGGCAAGAUCGAUGCUGUCCUCACGGACGAUGUCGACGCCCUCGUCUUUGGCGCUACCAAGAUCUUGCGCAAUACCUCGAGGACGUUGUCUAGCAACAACAGGCUCGUCUACGAUAACAUCGAGGAUUUCCAAGUUUAUACGCUUGAGAAUAUCACUCGGCCCGCAGCUCGAAUACGGGUAGCUCGUCGGACGCAGAGUCAGAGCGAUGGGAUGAUCUUUAUCGCUCUGUGUAGCGGUGGCGAUUAUCAUACGAUCAGUACUAAUACCACUGCACAACACUACAUAGGUCCCAAGAUCGCCCACGGCCUUGCCCAGACUCCUCUUUCCACCGAGCUCAUCAACGCCUACAAGACUUCGUCCCCCGAGCAGUUCCAAAAUUACCUGGUCGAUUUCCGCGAAUCACUCAAACGAGAACUGUCUACCAACUCGCUCGGCUUUCUCCCGAACAAGCGUAAACAACUCGCUCAGACCUUGCCAUCGACUUUCCCCCAAGUCGAGAUUAUCGACUAUUACGUGAAUCCGCGUAUCAGCAAGGGUCAGGACGUCUGGCCGGGGUUCGGACAGCGGGAGGAAGGUACCCCAGGAGCAGGGAGACGAGGAGGAAGAGGUGAUCCGAGGUCGUUUGCGAUCGUCUGCGAGAAAUACUUUGAAUGGGGUACCAAGGAGGAAGUUGGGAAACGUAUGAAGACGCUCGUGUGGCGGGGCGAGGUCAUCAACCAAUUGAGAGAGAAGCUCAUGGUAGCCACUAGCACAGCGGCUGUUACUGCAACAGGAGGCAAGACGAAGAACUCGAGGAUGACCUCGUACUUUCACAGCGUCUCGUCGAGCCAAAGUUCGGCUCGUAGCUCGCAGGACAAGGGUAAAGGCCGCGCGCUAGGUCCGACGAGCAGCACGGGCAGCCUCGUCGAGCCGAUGGAGGAGUUUCCUCGGGCUCGACUUGUCACUAUUCAUUCAACUCGUCAACACGCUUCCACCGGAAUGAUCCUGGAGUACAGGAUAGAAUACGACCACAAGACGUGGACCCGCACGGUUCAAGCGGUCAUGCAGGGUACGCGAAUCGAUCCGGAACUGCUGCCCGAGCAGGACAGGAUCGCCAUGGGUCUUACAACGGGGCGAGACCCUGACCGUGCCGAAAGCGUGACGUCCGAGACGGCGGACGACGAGUCAGCAAACGACCGGCUCUGGAUCCCAGCCGAACUCGUCAAAGCAGGUUGGCCCGAGCUUGUCGAGGCGUACGAGACCAAGCUGCGUGAAAAGGCCGAAAAGGCAGCAUUGAGGACGCCUCGACGG